AUGGGCCUGAGAUGCCCUGUCGGAAUACCUUUUGCGACAGCGUUUCCGGACCGGAAUCCGAUGACUCGCCACCGCAUUUUGUUGAGGAGCCGAGGAGUUGUUAUCCCAGCGAAGCACAACGGCUUCCGGCGCUCUUCGGAUCCGAGGAAGGAAACUAUUUGGCCGUCGAUGAUUGUCUUCGUCCGUCUGCUAGCAGACGACCACGAUUAG